AUGGAGAAAGAACGUGUUGCUCUGGAUACCACUCAUCACUUUUGGGAGAGUGAAGUGGAGGUGGUAAGGAAGAAGACUCUUGCACCAGAUGGUAGGCGAUUCCGCUACUUUGAUGACAGGGGAAUAUUCAACUUUAUCUUUCUGUUAUGGGUAUACAGAUGGGUUAAGGAAACAUCAAAGAGGUACCUAGAUCCUUACAUGAUUCAUCCUCUCCCACUGGCGGACCAGAUUCUUAUAUGGCAACCAAUUCUUUCUAAACACGUUAGUGAUGGUAUUACUACUCUUGAGACUUAUGAAUCCCUCAGUGAAGAUGAGAGGAGGAAAGCCAAGAAGCCUGUGAAAUACAUUCUCUGCAGGGCUAUAUGGCUGACCUUUUGGAAACGACUACUCACCAUAUUUGUUGGUGUCGUUGUUAUGAAUGCAAUUGGAAUGAGUAUUGCAGUUUUCCUGCACAAGUUGCUUAGGUUUUUAUCAGAGGAAGUUUUUAAAUUCGUGACAUUUUUAUCCUUGACUAUUUCGAUCAUUAUAUUAGAGCAGAUAAAGAUGAUUGGUAUGAGUCAUCUUGACUACUGUGUGGAGAGGGUUUCUUUUCUUAUGGAUGCUUGUCUGCGUGUUACUAUAUUUCAACAUGGUUUAUGUUACAGAAGGAAUAACUUUGCGCAUUUUCAGUCCAAAGAAGGAGUUUGCAAGAGUGCGAUUCACAGUUGCUCCGGAAAGGACACAUGCACAGACAAUCCACUUCUCUGUCCUGCCAGGCGUUACAAGAAUAAUGAAGCAACUCCCAAGAUCUACACUUUGAUCCUCAAUGACGCACGUUAUAUUCCAUUUUCCGUUGAAGCAGCCGUUGGAUUCAUUGAUUUCUUGACAUCACUGACUUAUGGCAUAAUUCUCAUGAGUAGUAAAUUUAAUGUAGAGUCCCUGACUAUUCUCAUAGUAUCUUUAUUUUUGUCCGUUUGUAUGUUGUUUGUGGAGAUUAUAAAUGGUUUCCUCUUCAAAUAUUACUUUGGAAUUAGGGAUAAUAGGGUAUCCAAGUCUGAAGAAAUCGUGUCUGACUUACACUUGAUUGAAAGUAUGGCGCUUGAUGAUGUUGCUCAUGAUGCCAUUACGGAAGCCAGGAAUGACGAGUUGCUCUUUGUUGUCAUACGUUUCUUUAUAUCGCUCUCAAAUAAGGUUAUAUUUACAGCGAUCACGUGUUUGGAUAUUAUUAUCUUGGUUACUGAUUUUGUCAGACAGGUUAGGGACGCUACUAAUGUAAAGGACAUUAAUCCUUCUGGAUUGCUAGCCUCCAUCUUUGUCAUCAUGAAGAUUAUUGGCCCAUUGUAUCUGCUUCCAUUUAGACUAAAGUUCUUUGUAAUUUGUCUGAAUUCGUUCAAUAGGGUUGAAAGAUUCUUUAGAACUUGUUCACCAAACUUUUAUCUUCCUGACAACAAGUUUGCUGGGAAGACUACUCUACCAGAGGUCAAUCCUGGCAAGGAUAAGACACUGCCCAAGGGCCUAGUUGUGAUGUUAAAGAAUGCCUCCUUUGCAUGGAUCAAUAGCAGGAAGGAUCUUAUUGACAAUACUGGUGUUACUUGUCUGAGGAACCUUGACUUUGUCCUCAACUCUGGUGACCUUGCCAUAAUUACUGGUGCUCAAGGUUCUGGAAAGACCAACUUUGUCAAGGCUAUUCUUGGUGACAUGACUCUGGUAGAAGGAUCAAUGGCUGUGUUACCUCUCUCUACCAACAUGCCAAUAUUCUAUGCUUCUCAGGAUGUCUGGCUACAAAAGGGUACCAUCAGGGCUAACAUUACCUUUGGUCACAGAUUUGAUGAGGAUGUCUACAUGACUGUCAUCAAGGCAGUUGAACUUGAGCAUGACAUAUCUACCUGGGAAGGAGGUGACCUGCGUACUAUUUCUGAAUAUGGCUACUCUCUCAGUGGAGGUCAGAGAGUCAGAGUUGGACUUGCCCGUGCCAUUUACGCCUAUCUCAUCUUUGGUAAGACUAGUAGGGAAAAUGGAUCUGAACAUUCCUUCCUCGUGGUAAUAGAUGACUGCUUCACUGGUCUAGACCCAUUUGUGGCAAGAAUCAUCUUUAAAAACUUGUUUGAGAGGGGAAAAGGCUUGCUUUCUGGUAGAGAUGCUUCCACAGUUCUAACAAUAUCAAGGCGCAUAUUAGAUGCCUGUGUAUCAUCAGAGUCUCCAGAAUCAUACCCGGAUGCUCCAAUAUACACACUGAGAAACGAGACUCUUAUCCAAGAAAACAGACUCAAGUCUUUGAUAGAGCAUGAAGUUGGUCAUAUUGAACCUCCAAAGCCUUCUGAAGAUAAAAUUGGACUUCACGCUAUGCCUAGCAAAUUACGUAGGAUGUGCAGCUCGGAUGACUAUACUCGUGAUGGACGAAGAAGAUCAACGGAGUCUAGAUACUCUGAUUCUCCUACAGUUCAGAAUCUAUACAAUAGGAUAAAUUUUAAACGUGGAAAGAACAAAAACUUCAAGCCAUAUAUGGUAUAUCUCCAUGCAGCAGGUUGGCCUAUAUUCUUCUUUGUCAUAUUCACUCUUUUAUUCUCAACACUGGAUAACACAAAGUUUGUCAUUACUUCCAAAGUAUCAGAUUCAGUCCUUGAAUAUGCAAAUAAACAUGACGGAAAAUUGAUCUCUAUAUCUAACGUAAAAGAUUAUAGUUUUAGGGCAUCAAGAUGGAUCAUUGUUCUUUCAGUAGUAGUGAUGGUUGGUGCAUUACUUCGUAUAUGUGCUAUGACAAAGGCUUCUUUUAAUGUUGCAAGAAAGGUUCAUGAGUACUCUAUAAACUCUCUCUUUGUCAAUAAUCCGGCCGUUCUGAAGAUCAAAAAGUCAUUGGGGAGCAUAAUCACGUUCUUACACAUAGAUAUGUUCUUCAUUGACAACUUUCUGAGUUACUUGGUUCAUGAGAUUUGUCUAUUGUCGAUCGAGAUUAUGGUUCACAUGUUGACACUAUUUUUCAUGAUGCCAUGGUCCACUCCAAUUGCUCUUCUACUUUGCUUUGUCAUUUUCCGGUACAUUGUAUAUUACUACGUAAAGUCGUGCAGGAACAUUUGCCGUGCACGUUUGGAAUCAUAUGAUCUUAUUGGUUCGACUAUUGAAUCCUCUAUAGUGGGAUCACCUAUAUAUCGCAGUUUUAAAAAGGAAUGGGAGUUGAUACACAGCUUGACUGAGCAUGUUGACUAUAACUUGAGGUGUGACUAUCUUUCAAAGUCUGAAAUAUUUUGGAGUUCAAUUACCUCUAGAGGUAUACUUGCAUUACUUGCUCUGUUCAUUCUUGUUUUUCCUCUGGCUAAGUCUAGGGUUUAUGGUACUGAGGUGCAAGUUGGAUAUUACGCCAUGACAUAUUCUGUCUUUGUCAGUAUAAACACUAUCAUUGCAGUCUUCCUCAAACUCUAUUGUUACCUUGAACUUUACAUGGGUUCGUUUAGAAGAUUUGAGAAUCUUGUCCCUCCAAGCACCAAGAUCAAGUUUGGUAAAAAGAGGAACAUUUACCAGACUGAUAUUAUUCUAGAUCGUUCUGCAUCAAGCACAGAUGAUAAGCUAUCUGACGAAAAUAUCAAAAGCACCAUCCGUACAAGACGUUAUAAUGAACAUGCCAAGAGAAGAGCCGUUCACUGUACUAGUCUCAAGAUGCUUCUCUUCAAGCACAAGGUUAAUAUAUUUGACGUCUCCAAGUAUACUAUCCCAGACAUGACUAGGAUUAAGUUGGAUAAUGUUAGCGUUUACGUCACUGCCAAGGAUGGAACUAAAUUCCCUAUUUUAAAGAAUGUCACAUGCUCGGCCGAUACCUCGGACAUUAUUGGUAUCAUUGGUAGAACUGGUGCGGGAAAGUCUACUCUUUUGUCAGUACUUCAAAACCUGGCUAGGAGCAGAGAUGGUCAUGUUCUCCUAGACGGUUGUGACUUGAAUGACAUGCCAAAGAAUGUAACUAGGCAAGUGAUUGGAGUACUACCUCAACUGCCUUUCGUAUUCAGAGGCUGGACAGUUCGUAGAUUUAUUGACCCUAGAAUGUUAUUUGAUGACAUUGACAUUGAAAUGGCCUUGGAUAAUUGUGGUUUACUCAAGUUCGUCAAGAAUCUUCCAGGUGGCAAGGGUCUUGAUACCAUCAUUAUACCUGACCAUUACCACAAGGAUAUGCCAAGGUAUUACAAGAGAGUUUACUAUGGACCUACUCUAAGACCACAUGAUUCUCCUUCCGCAGAUAAUGUGAACAUUGACUAUGGAUCAGCACUGUCAAACUCACAAUUACGUACACUAUCCGUGGCAAGACUAGUAUUGUACAGGGAAUUCUUCAAGGUUCUUUUGGUUGAUGAGCCUCCAGAGGAUGAACUUGGAGUAACAAAGGAGGGUGUCCCGAUUUACGAACUCAUCAAGACACAUUUUGGACAUUGUACAACCUUUAUUGCAGCUCAUGAUGUGAGUAUGUUACGCUUUUGCACUUCAGUUUGGGUAUUCCAUAAUGGUUCUCUCAUUAGAACUUGCAAAGCCGAGGAUAUCGUAGACAGUGGUUCACUCUCCAAGAUUAUAGAGGAUUGUAUUGCUACACACUUAAUGCAGUAG